AUGACGACGACGAUCUCUGAUCUUUCGCAAAAUUUGGUAGAGAAGAUACUCUCGAGGGUUCCGAAAAGUUGUUUGGGAGCGGUGAAAUCGACUUGCAAACGAUGGAACAGUUUAUCCAAAGUUAAGAUGUUGUGCAAAGCAGAAGCAAGGCAUCAGUUUCUAGGGUUCAUGAUGAAGAAGUAUAAGCUUUGUUCAAUGAGGUUCGAUCUCAACGAAAAAGAAGAAGGAGGUGACGAAUUUGUGGAUCCAUCUAUAAAGGAGUUGGAGAAGAUACUCUCGAGGGUUCCGAAAAGUUGUUUGGGAGCGGUGAGAUCGACUUGCAAACGAUGGAACAGUUUAUCCAAAGUUAAGAUGUUGUGCAAAGCAGAAGCAAGGCAUCAGUUUCUAGGGUUCAUGAUGAAGAAGUAUAAGCUUUGUUCAAUGAGGUUCGAUCUCAACGAAAAAGAAGAAGGAGGUGACGAAUUUGUGGAUCCAUCUAUAAAGGAGUUGGGUAAUUUUCUUAAUCAAGUGGAGAUAUCUAAUGUCUUUCAAUGCGAUNAAGGAGGAUGCGCGCGUCACGGAGCAGCAGCUCGGCGCACAGAACGGGAACCUCCNGGAGGUGGAUCCAUCUAUAAAGGAGUUGGGUAA